AUGUUCUCCUCAAUCGACUCGCUCCUUAAAACUGUUUCCACGUCACCUCCUUCUGUGGAAAAGUCAGAGGAACCCCUCUCACCCACAGACCUUUCGUGCUCUACUAAUAAUUAUUCAAACAGCUGCUCUGAAGAAUUAAUGAAGAUGGCUGCGAAAGCUGCUCAUUUUUCCGCGUCCAACUGUUUUGAAACACAAACCUCUCCCACCACGACAGCAGUGCACCCACUUACCACGUACACCUCAUUGGUUCAACCUGUUCUGCCACUUCUUUACGACCAUCUGGCACUAACAUUGAAUGCGUGGCAAGCAUGGGGAAAGAUGAGAAGACCGAGGACGGCAUUCAGUAGUGAGCAGCUGGUACAGUUGGAGAAACAAUUCUCCGAUAAUCGGUAUUUGAGCAGACCGAGAAGAUAUCAAUUGGCACAGCAACUUUCCCUUUCGGAGACUCAGAUCAAAAUCUGGUUCCAAAACCGUCGAAUGAAAAACAAGCGGUGUCCAUCCUCCACUCCAACUCAUCCCUCUUCCUCAUCCUGUCAAUGA